AUUUGUCACUUAUUUUCUUGUUCUGUCCAUUCAGUUCAUUCGAUUUUAUAAAUAAAAAAGAAGAAUAUAGCAUGCUCUUAGGUUCAUUUUAAGUAUCGAAUUAAUUUCGUCAUUGAACAUAGCAAUAAGCAAUGAUAUUUUAUUAGUAGUCUUGUGUGAUCACAAUGUCAUGGUCGUGCACGGUGAUUCAGCUAUGCAAUAACUCUCGCAACUUAUAUAAUGUGAUAGAGACUUCCUCAUACCGCUCGAGCAGAUGACGAUGGCGAUGUUCAAGAGUCAGUCUAUUUUAGUUUCUGCCAUAAAGCAUCACUGGAAGCAUUGUAGUCAAUGCCUGUGGUUGUCGACGGAGCCACAAGCACAAACCGCUAGCGGAGAAGGCCCCUUGAGCGUGUACGAGGCUCGAGUCGCCAGCGGCUCGCUGAGUAAAGAUGAACACCAGGAAACUGUGGUGCGGCACUUACAGCAACUGUAUCAAGAUGUUACCUCCUUCCAAGGGCCUGCGCUUCAAAUGCAAACAUCCCUAUUCAAUUUCUUUAAAAAGAAGGAACCAAACAAAAUAAUCGCACCUCAAGGCCUGUACAUAUAUGGGAGCGUCGGUGGAGGCAAGACCAUGCUCAUGGAUUUGUUCUAUGAAACUGUGCCUAUAGAAUCCAAACUCCGCGUGCACUUCAACUCGUUCAUGCUCAACGUGCACGCUCGCAUCCACGAACUGAAGAUCAAGUCGGGGCGCGGCGCCAGCGCGUUCCGUGAUGGCUCCCACUAUGAUCCCAUCCCGCCGCUCGCAGCGGAUAUUACUCAGGAAUCAUGGCUGAUAUGCUUCGAUGAGUUCCAGGUUACGGAUAUAGGUGACGCCAUGAUACUGAAGCGUCUCUUCACGCAACUGUUCGACAACGGUUGCGUCGUCGUGGCGACUAGUAACCGUCGCCCCGACGACUUGUACAAGAACGGGUUGCAAAGGAGCAACUUCCUGCCGUUUAUUCCGGUGCUUAAAGCGCAUUGUCAAGUGUUGCAGCUGGAUUCUGGAAUCGACUAUAGGCUGAGAGGCUCUGGAUCGAAGUACAGCAAAUAUUUUAUAAAUAGCGAACUGACGCCUGAAAGCAACGCUGUAGAUAAUUUAUUCAAAUUCCUGAUCUCCAAGGAAACGGACACCGUCAGGCCGAGAGUGAUUAACAUUAUGGGCAGGAACGUGAAGUUCGCCAAGUCUUGCGGUGGCGUGUUAGAUUCUACGUUUGAAGAGCUUUGUGACAGGCCAAUAGGCGCCAGCGACUACCUGGUGCUGUCGAAGACCUUCCACACGGUGUUCGUGCGGCGGCUGCCGCAGCUGUCGCUGGCGCGGCACCGCUCGCAGCUGCGCCGUUUCAUCACGCUCAUAGACACGCUCUAUGAUAAUAGAGUUAGGGUAGUGAUCGCGGCGGACGUGGAGCCAGCUGAGCUGAUCGCGCGCGAGGUGUCAUCCGUGGAGGAGCUCGGCGACGCCGACCGCGCGCUCAUGGACGAUCUCAAGAUCUCCAAGGACUCGGAGGACGCCCGGGCGGCCAUCUUCACGGGCGAGGAGGAGAUGUUCGCGGUGGACCGCUGCCUCUCGCGGCUGAUGGAGAUGCAGACCGACGACUACUGGGACAAGUGGGGCUCCCACCUCGGCUAGCGGCCCACCUGGGGGCCUAGCCAACAUCACAAUCGUACAUCGAUAAAGGAAGAUAAAAAAUGUAUCGCGAUGACAGAUUCGCGUGACUAUUUCCAUAUAUUAAGUUUCAAUUGGUGUUUUCUGUCAAUGAUGGUCAUCUUGGCUAGGCCCCCGGGGUUUUGGGUGCGGAAAUGAUUUCGUGUGUUUAUUCUGACAUACAGCCUGGUGACAGACGGAUAGACGGACGGACAGCGGAUUCUUAGUAAUACCCUAAAAAACAUAGGCAACCUAACUGAUUCAUACAUAGUGUAAAUUUAGUCAUGCAAUAAUUUACGGGGUGAAUAUAUAGGUCAUACUGAGCAUACCGAGAAAUUGUCUGUUUCAUACAUUUUGGCUGUCUGACCUUGACAUUUUGUAUGGGCGAGUCAAUUAUUUUUUCGCAAUUUCGGGGUUGGUCCCAUAGUACAAGUUGCUCAGUAUAACUUUUAGUAUGGGACCAUACACGGCGUUACAAUAUAAUUUGCAGGUAAAUUAUGGCAGGUGACUAAAUAAAAACCCUAUAUAAUUAAAAAUAAGUAGUGAGGUCCCAAUGCGCUUAGAAAUGUUCAAAUAAUUUCAGUGUUUACUUCUUACCUAUUUCUUGGCCAGUUUGAAAUAUUCUCGCACCCAAUUAUAAAUUUUCAUUGUUUCCAAAAAAUAUGGUGCUAGG